UCCCCGACUCUCACGUUAGUGAGAGAGGGUUUUGUCGGACGCAAAUGGCUAAUUCUCUGCAAACGCACCCGUGGGAACAAAAGUGGCUUAGUCAGUGGGAAAAUACUUGGGCAAUGGCUCAACACUGGCCUUUACAUAGUCGUUCUCCCAAACGCUCCAUCGUACGACCAUUAGCUUUUUCGACUGCUUUCAUCGCUGAACACGAACAGGAACGGAUCGGACAGCAUGUGAGUUCAUAUUUUCCGUUUUGUUUCGAUGCAGUAUGGCUCAUGCAUUUUCAGGGUUUUUCUUACGAAGUCGCCCUGCCGUUUGGCUCGCCUCCUCGAGGAGGGACAGUGUCCUCCCUGUGACGACCCCCGUUAUGUGAAGCACUAUCCUCAUUAUUAUGAUGCCCUCUAUUAUCCACAAUAUCAUUUUGCCAUUUUUGAAAUCGUGCAGCUGUUCGGAAUUUCACGGUUUUGUUUCGUACGACGGUGUUUGUAUAUCUAUGAGCCAACAUCGAGUAUCGUUGUUGAUGGCACCGAGUGAGUUUGCUGAUCCUCCUGUGUGCGCUGUCUGUUCUCAAAGGCAGUCUGGAUCCAUGGAGGUUGUUAUUUCAGCAGACCCUGGAGCACCGUGCCCGCGAAUUAUUUUGGAUGCUCUUCGCAUUACAGACGCCUUCAUCAUCCGAAAAUGUAUCGUGCAGCGCGUCUCUGCAUCUUUCACGUUCAAAAUUAAGAAUCUCGAUGGUGCGAUGCUCGAUAAGGCAGGGACACGCUUGUUCCAGUCAUCGGAUCCGUUGCAGCUAAAAGUUUUUCAUGGAAACGUUUGCGCUCAUGACAUGAAUGUGGUAUCCACCGCGUCUAAGUAUAGGCGUUCGAUGUCGUCGUACUACAAUUAUUCGUGAAUCAUAUGUUUUCUUGGUGUCUUCAUGUGGAGUCGGGGACUGGCGCGGCCGAGCGCCGUUAGAU